AUGCCAGACGACUCGGUGCCCGCAGUCUUGCCAGACGACUCGGUGCCCGCAGUCUUGCCAGACGACUCGGUGCCCGCAGUCUUGCCAGACGACUCGGUGCCCGCAGUCUUGCCAGACGACUCGGUGCCCGCAGUCUUGCCAGACGACUCGAAGCCCGCUGUUCCGCCAGUUGACUCGAUGCCCGCUGUUGAUCCAGAUGAUCCGGUACCUGAUCCGGCGCCCGCUGUCGAGCCAAAUGACCUGAUGCCUGGUAACCCAGCGCCCGCUGUUAUACCUGGUGACCCGAUGCCCGCUGUCGAGCCAGACAAUCCGGUACCUGAUGACCCGGUGCCCGCUGUCGUGCCAAUUGAUCUUGCCAGACGACUCGGUGCCCGCUGUUCCGCCAGUUGACUCGGUGCCCGCUGUUCCGCCAGUUGACGACUCGAUGCCCGCAGUCUUGCCAGACGACUCGGUGCCCGCAGUCUUGCCAGACGACUCGGUGCCCGCAGUCUUGCAGAUGACUCGGUGCCCUUGCCAGUUGACUCGGUGCCCGCAGUCUUGCCAGACGACUCGAAGCCCGCCGCUCCGCCUGGGGGUCGGUCGCCUG